AUGUCUUCCAGUUUUGAUAUCCCACUGGUAGCCUUCAGAAAUCGCUGUCUCGAUAUUUCCGCUCUGGGAACGGAAUGUAGAUUUCGCCUCGUGGACUGUGAGCGCUUCCUCCACGACCAAGUCCUGCAAGUCACCGAAUUCAGCGAUGUUCCCCCUGUCGACUACUCGACGAUUUCGUAUCCCUGGCGUGGAAAUGAAUGUAAUGCAACUUCGCUGUCAGUAGGAGGUACCUUUUCUGUGGCAGGCGCUGAAGAUGGCGACCCGGUCAGCAUGGAUGUCCUUAUGCAUGCUUGCACAUUUUCCUCAACCUCUCUCGGAGUCCGUUAUCUCUGGCUCGACAGGGUAUGCAUCAUGCAAACCAACCCCCAGGAUAAACACUGGCAGAUCCGCAGGAUGUAUCGGAUAUACAAGGAGUGUAAGGCGUGUAUUGUGCUUCCCGGUGGCCUGGGACGUCUCGUGCGUCUGGACGAAGAGACUGCGUGGAUCCACCGAGGUUGGACUCUACAAGAAGCCUUGGCUCCCGACAAAGUUGAUGUCUUGUUUGCUUGGAAAGCUGGAUCUGGCACCUUCGUUUCUGCUGACCACUCGGGCGUCUUGUCCGAAGUUGUGGCAAAACAAUCGGCCCGGGCACCCCUGAGGGAUUUGAUACAAGCCUCGGCAGUAGGCUAUAUGCUGUUCUCGUGUAAUUCCAUGCAAGUGUCUAGAUUUCCCGUGCAGGUGCGAAUAUUUGGUUCCUCGACCCCAAAUGCCAGAGCUCUGGCGGGGCUACUCUCGGAGGAUCUGGCUGCCGAUGAUGAGAUUCGAGACCAUGCGAUUUGGAAGAGCGCCUUUCAGCGCACCUCCUCUAGGCCGGUUGAUAUGGUCUACAGUAUCAUGGGCCUCUUUGGUAUUAGCCUCGACCCAGGGGCGUUCCACAAUGAUGAUCGUGCUGGAGCAACCAUUGCUUUAGCGCGUGAGAUCGUUAAUAGUGGCCGUUGUGCAAGCUGGCUUGGAAUUGCUUUCCGAGUUCCACCUUCUAAAGACCUAUCUACGUUUCCAAUAUUCCCCAUGACAAGUGUACAAGGUAGUGCGAUGAUCCUGGUAGAGGAUGUCACGUUGGAUGUCGCCGGGUUGGUUGAUGAUGAGUACCCAAACACGCUGGGCUUAUGCAUGGGGAUGCCUCGAGGGACGAUGGAUGGCCAUGGUUAUCUGAAUUUCACUGCCAAAAGCAUAUCCGUGGUACGGGUACACCCGAAAGCUAACGAGGAUCCAUCUACCACGCGGCAAAUCCUAGCGCUCAAUAACACCAUAUGGGAAGAAGACGAAGAAAUCGCGAAAGGUAAUGGCGAAUCAUCUUCUCUACCUAUCACCUAUGCAGUGGUCCUCGGCUGGUUUGACGAAUAUCAUCCCGGCGCAACAGUAAUGGAUAACCCAGCAAAGAUCAAACUGAUGAUAGUCGAGGAGCAUGGAUCAGGCCAGUUUCAUUUGGUAACAUAUGCUGCCGUGGAUUACCGACUUCGAGGUUGGGUCAAGACAUGGAUCAAUCGCCAGUUCUGUCUCGGUGGCCCUGCUGCGGCCUCCAAUCACGGCUCUGACCAGUCCAUGGAGCCGAAUCGCAACUGUAAUACUGCCCGAUGGAAUGCUCUUGAAUCACCAUCAAAUCGAGACAUUCAAGCAACAUUAGCUCGUUGGGCUGCUCCUCAGGAAGCCCUUGAGAGCUUAAUCUCUAGAUAA